GGUGAACUGAGUGUCGGGAAGCGCCAGUUUUUCCCAGCAGUCAGCCUGAGUGGAGGGUCGGACGCAGCCUCUCUCCCACCUCCUUGGGGCUUCUCGACCGUUUACUCGCGCCGUGAGAGCGAGGCAGAGCAAGAAAACUUUACUUUUCCCUGUUGGCAGUGUUAGCCCGUGGUGCAGGAAGGAGGUGGCAGUGCGUGGUGAUGCCCAGGGCUAAGGAGUGACAAGCUGAGCAUGAAAAGUGGUGGAAUUCGUCGAAAUGUAUUGGAUGACCCCCUUAGUAAGCGGCAGUCAGCUGAGCCCCUCGCCCACAGCGCCCACGGUCUCAGCCCCGACGCCUACGCUGCCCCACGCCCCGCUAGCCGUCAUGUACUCCCCGGCAGCCUACCCAGACCAGCCUGCUCCCUACUCCCUGCCUACGCUGGGAGGGGAGCAGUCCGCCUUCUACUCCCCCACGGCGGCAGGGCUGGAGCUGAAGGACUCCCUGGCAGCCUCCCCGAUGGCACCCACCUGGCCCUAUCCGUCCGUCUACUACCCCUACGACACCGCCCUCGCCUCCUACCCCUUCGCCGGGUACGGCGUGGGUCUUGACGCCGCCCGGAGAAAGAACGCCACCAGGGAGGCGACUGCAACCCUGAAGGCGUGGCUGAACGAGCACAAGAAGAACCCGUACCCGACCAAGGGCGAGAAGAUCAUGCUGGCUAUCAUCACCAAGAUGACACUCACGCAGGUGUCCACGUGGUUUGCAAACGCCCGCCGACGACUGAAAAAGGAAAACAAGAUGACGUGGGAGCCGAGGAACAAGACCGACGACGACGAUGACGAUGACGACGACAAGGACGACGAUAAAAUUGACGACAAGGAUGAUAAAGAUGACGACGACAAGAAGGACGAUAAAGACAUUCUGUUCAGUGAUGGAGAAAAGGACAAGAAGGAUAUUGAUAGUGGCCGGUCCAGCGCGGGGGCGGGAGGUACUGGCGCUGGCUCCCCCGGGGUGCCGCCCACUGACGUCGCCCACCCAAAGCCACGCAUCUGGUCGCUCGCGGAUAUGGCCACGUCGGGUGCCGUUGGCAGUGCGAGCGCCGGCGGCCUCGGGGGCCUGAGUGCUGGGGCGGGCAAGAUCAUGGGCGGCGGGAUGGCGCGAGGCCUGCACCUGGAGGGGUCGCCUUACUCCCGCCCUCUCUUCCCUCACGCCUCCUACCCCUACAUUCCUCCCAGCGUCAGCGAGUCUCUCCUCUCCUACUCCUACAGCAAGUCCUUGGCGGCUGGCUUCCCCCCCGUGAGUCUGACUGACGUGACCACCGCCAGCCUGCUCGCCCCGAGUCCACUCGUCCACGACCUUUCCCGACAUGACCUCACGCGACCAGAGAUUUCACGUCCCGAGGCCAUCCGACCCGAACCAUCCCGUGACCUGCCUCGUGACCUGCUCAGACACGAACUUGCCCGACCGGAGCCGCAGCGACCAGAACCACGCACCCCGAUGGACAAGGACGUGUGAUGUUCCCGCGCUACCCACACCCAUUCCCAUGUGUGUUGAAAGUGUCAGGACUAUGUUAAGUCUGUUCGUCGCAGCCCGCCGCCCACCGUGGCUCGCGUGGCGAAGGCUGUCUCGUCAGAACUGAACCAAAAAAGGACCAAAGUGGCCCAGCCUCCCGUCAAAAGUCUCCGUGACGGGGGGAGGGUGCCGCGCCCAGCUUGCCGGGGACAAGGUGCCACCAAGAGAGGCCGCGAGAGGAGUGUUGGGGCCAGUGGGGGAGGGCAGCAGGGGAGGACCCGUGACUGACCGACCGGCGAGAGGAAGCCACAGUGCCGCUGACUGACUUGUCACAAAAAUAGUUGCAAUGGAGAACUUUUCUCUUUAGAUGUAAUUAUGAAAUCAGCUAUCUAUAAUUUCCGACGGACAGCAACUGUAUUACGGUAGACGCCAAAGAUAUUUAAUUUAGUAUGUUCCUGUACGCUACGUUUACGAGUUCAAUAUUCUUUAUAAUUUAUUAUCAUAAUUUCAUUAUUAUUAUUAUUAAUAUUUUAUUAUUAUUAUUAUUAUUAUUAUUAUCAUUAUUAUUAUUAUUAUUAUUACUAUUAUUAUUAUUAUUAUUAUUAUUAUUAUUAUUAUUAUUAUUAUUAUUAUUAUUAUUAUUAUUAUUGUUAUUAUCCGAGAGACUUGUGUACCUCAAGAGUGCUGGUGGUGGUGGUGGUGCAACAACACACAAACAUAUCAACCCUAGGCAACCAGUGGCACCAGAGGGCGUGGUGGGCGGAGGAGGAAGGCAGGCGGCGGAUGAAUUGGAUGGGUCGACUGACACAGACAAAUGAAACAAGAAUUAAAACUUGAAAAAUAUUUAUCGUGGGAACAUCUCGUGUCAGCAGAAUUCUGAAGAUCUUUGGAUUGCAAGUGUACGAGGAUGAAAACAAUGCUGGAGAUUUUUUUUUUUUUUCUCUCUCUCUCUCUUUCGCUCUCUGGAGUGGACGCAAGACACAGCAGCUGUUGUGAGUCGCGUCAUCUUAAUAUUCACUGAGUUAAUCCACUCGCCUCCAGCACAGCAUCACACGCGCCCCUUUGCCAGGUCGUCCUUCUUAAGUGGUGUGACGCUUGGGAAUGACCCUUGUGGACGGCUACAUCGAUCUCCAGCCGCCGCCGCGACCACCACCACCACCACCACCACCACCACCACCACCCCAACAAGUUACCUCACCACACCGCGGAUCACGUGGAGGCUCGUCUCAGCCAAGUGCCGUGGCGGCGUCCCUUCCCUCGUGCCAAAUUCAUUCACAUAGCGUGUUAUGCGCGUGCCAAAUGUCCCGAAGAAACAAAAGUAAGCACAAGAUAUUAAUUGAUGAGUGAGACAAGGUUUUAACUUGCCGGGAAAAUCCUGUAUAACUUACAAGCUAUUCCCGACUAAGUAAAGUGUGUCCAUGUUACGUUACGGUGGUUCACGUGUUGCAGGGAAUGUGUUAAGUUUUCUUCAUGCGGAUGUUGAGGACUUCUUGUGUUGACGGCCACUGUCCUGUCGCUUAAGGUGGUCACGCUGGCGAGGACGAGCCAGCAAGGAUGAUGUGUCAGCGUAGGCAACUGUGCCUGGCUACACAUGUACUGUAUGUAAAAAGAAUAAUCCUUGCACGACUUCAAGCACUAAGUGUACGGAUCCUGACUCCUUUUCCCUCCCUCCAGUUCCAUUGCCCUUUCUCCUCCACCUUCACAUCCACCUCCACGUCCACGUCCACGUCCAAACCCUUUUCACCUUACCCACCUGCACCUUGCAUACAGACUCGUCAGGCGUCACGCAGGCCCCUGAGGGUGAGGCACGAGGAGGCGCACCCGCCGCCUCACCCUCACCCACCACAGCAGAAAGUAACGCGUUGAGGCAACCGCUGCCUGAGGGAGAACCUGACAGUGUUGCUGCAGCAGAAGGGGACAGGAGGGCGAGGAGUUUGGUGGCGGGUGCUGCGAGAGAUAAGCACACACACACACACACACACACACACACACACACAUACACAGGAGAAUCAGGGACAGCAGUAGACUUUUACCACCAUCUUCCUCUUUCACACGUUCUCUCUCUCGGUCGUUCGUGGGGAGGCGGAGUGGUUCUCACUGUCUUCUCUCCCCACUGGGGCCUCUUCCCCACCACCACCACCACCACUACCACCACAACCCGUGCGUGGGCCGCCCUUUGCUGUCCGCCACCCUCGAGAUGACGCCGUGUGUUACCUAACUUAAGAAUUUCCUAUAAAAGUGAUUUUUUUGUACAUAUUGUAUUAUAAAGAUGAUAUUUGAACAAAUAAAUGAUUGUGAUAAUUACACUGAA